UUCGAUUUUGUUUGACAAAAAGCUCAGGUCGCAACGAUACGAUGGCUACAUGGUGGCUCAAGUGUCUCCUGGAUGUAUGCGUCCCGUCCGACCAAUGAAAUCGCGUGCAACAGCCAAGGGCAUGACGAUUACAUUUAGAAUCAUCCUAGGCUCCAGGUCGGCGGCGUCGGACGUAACUCGCAAAGGCGGUUAAGAGGGGCAAGGCCGAACAACACUGCGUUCUGCUCGGAAGCAAGAUUUUGGUAACCUUCAGCUUCCAAAUUUGCAUUGACUACUAAUCACUCUGUGGUUAUUCGGACACGCCUAUCGACAUGGGUGCAGCUGAAAGAGUUGGAUGACUGCCCUCCACACAUAACUUCGUUCCUGACUGCUGCUGCCCUCUUUCCCCGUUCGGCUGGCCCUAGCAAGACAUCCAAAUAUUCUGCUGUCUCGAGAAUAGACCCUAAUUUUGAUGGAGGCACAUACCGUUCCGCUGUCAGAAUGGGUUUCAAACGCCUGCAGCGUGGCGUCUGACGCUGUCACUAGUCUAGUAGCCCUCAUAUAAGAUCCCGAGUUUUGAAGUUGACCUGCCACUCUCUUUUCCUACUGCUCAAGCCUGAGCUAGCCUAAAAGAGUGCGUCUUUUGGUUCUAACCUCAAAUAGGAUCUCGCAAACAUGGCCCAAAGCUUCGACAAUCCUGGGGUGCGCACUACGUUGGGGGCCGUUCUAUUGGGCAGUUUUGUCAGUGUCUUUCUUUCUGGAUGUGUCGCAGUGCAGGUUGCUCUUUACUAUCGAACCUAUGCCAGGGACCGUCGUCGUUUCAAGUUUAUGGUUGCUUCGAUAUGGAUUCUGGAUCUAUCGCAUACGACUAUGGUUUGUAUAACCAACUGGAUGCAUCUCAUUGAUAACUUCGGCAACCAUGCGAUAACCGAUAGGAUUGCUUGGUCUGUGUCAGUUAGCAUUGCCAUUACGGCUAUCCUCACAUUCUUUGCACACUGCUUCUUUGCCCACCGGAUCUUCGCUCUGAGCAAAAGGAAUUGGUUCAUUACCGUGCCUAUCCUUAUUCUGGCAACUGGCCGUAUUGGUUUCGCACUUGUAACAACAACCAAGAUGUUAACACUCAAGUCUUAUUCUGCUUUCGUUGUGAAGUACACGUGGUCGUUCACCCUGGGUCUUAGCUUGGCGACCGCAGCUGAUAUCCUUAUUGCCGCCUCUCUCUGCUGGUAUCUAAACAAGAGCAGAACGGGAUUUUCUGGCAUGGACACCGUCAUCGAUUCGAUCACGCUGUACACAAUCGAGACAGGACUAGCGACUUGCAUUACUACCGUCGUUGCUUUAGUCUGCUGGUUGACAAUGUCCCAUAACCUCAUCUUUCUCGGUCUCCACUUUGCAAUCAGUAAACUGUAUUCCAAUACUUUCCUUGCUACGUUGAACGCACGCAAUUCCCUACGCGGCCGAACGCAGGCAUCAAGGGACCAUGAACUGCCAGUUCUUUUCGCUGAUAACUUUAGUCCCUACGGUCGAGGGGAACAAUAUCACGUGGGCCGCGAUGGUGAUCUAAUUCCAACUAAAGUGCAAAUCAGUGUCGAGAAAACCAUUGAACAUGACGAUAAUGUCAACCAUGUACGAUCCGAUAUCUCAAACACGGCAAAGUACGAUGACGCAAGUGUCAAGUCGUCAGGUCCAAGCUGCCAAAAAUUCUGCAUGUAAUGGCGCAUAGAUGGCUUUGUUCUCUUCAUUCAUGCCGCUACAGUUCUAUGUAUUUUCCCUUCGUGAUUGGUUAUUCAAGAUAGUUGCCGAAACAGAAGGUACUGUAUGAUUAUGGCGACUAUAAGAGCAUAAUUCAAGUUGCGCUUGACGAAUUAUAACAGGAAAACGGAAGGAGGCAGCUCGUUGGGUCUCUUAUUAUGUAUUAUUUCUUUUGUACUCAUAUUUAUACUAGUCAUUUCCAGAGGGUUUUUUGUGAACUUCAAGCAUGCGUGAUGUCGGCCUGUUGUCCAUACCAAAAUUCACAGAACAAAGACAUGGCCGGUGU